CCAUCAGUUUCGGUUGGUCUUCAAAUCCCCUAUCACAAUGAGUUCAUACGUAGUAGUUCUGUUGGUAGUUCUUCCACUAGUGUUCGCCGACGUAGUUCCGGUCAAGGAAUGCAAGGCCGGUUCGUUGCCGAGUUCCGUGGACGUCCAGGGAUGCAAGAAGGUUCCGUGUGAGCUGAAGCGCGGCGAAGACGCCGUGGCCUUCGUGGACUUCAGUGUCAGCGACGAGGUGGCCAAGUUGCGACCGAUUGUCUACGCUACGGCCUUGGGUUUGACGAUUCCGUUCGAGCUGCCAUCGGAUAGGCAGGAUGCUUGCGAGUGGUUGGAGGGAUCCAAGUGCCCGCUGUCGGCUGGGGAAGAUGUGAGGUACGAGUUGAGGUUGCCGGUGGAGCAGAGCUAUCCACCAAUUGCGGUGGAUGUGGAGCUGAGGCUGGUGGAUCAGGACGAUGAGAUCGUGAGCUGUUUCAGUGUUCAAGGAAAGGUUGUGUGAGUGUAAUUGGGAGGUUGUAAAUUAGUUUUAAAUAUUUUGAUAAGAUUGAAGAGGGUUUUACAAAGGAAUAUUUUUUAAAGUGUGGGAAAUAUUGUGAUAUGAAAUAAAUUAAUUAAAAAACGGAA